AUGUCAACAGAGCAGACUCGCAUUUUGUUCUACCUGGGGCUGAACGCGUUGAGCAGCAUCGGCAUUGUGUACACGAACAAAGUGAUCUUCGUACGCUACGGCUUCACCUAUGGCACUCUCCUGACAGCAAUUCACUUCCUCAUCACAACCCUUGGGUUGUUCAUCUGCCGCAUGAUGGGUGUCUUUGAGCCCAAGCGCGUCCCUGUCGCCAAGAUCCUUCCUCUUUGCUUGGGAUUCUGCGGUUUUGUGGCCCUGACCAACCUGUCGCUGAUAUACAAUAGCAUUGGUUUCUAUCAGCUCACCAAAGUGCUGACGACGCCCAUGCUGGUUGUCAUUCAGACCCUUUACUAUCAAAAGACAUUUUCCAUGAAGGUGAAGCUCUCCUUGACGGCCAUUUGCAUCGGUGUGAGUCUCGCCACGGUGAGCGAUGCCACGGCCAACGUGGCGGGUACGCUGAUAGGCCUUUCGGCGCUUUUUAUUACGUGCAUGUAUCAAAUAUGGGUGGGAACGAAGCAGAAGGAGUUUCAGUGCGACAGCUUUCAGCUUCUCUAUAAUCAGGCUUCCCUUUCGUGCGCAAUGCUGCUGCCCAUUGCGUACUUCGCCGACGAUCUCGCGCACAAGUACUACGCCCCAUGCUGGCCCACCGUCCUACUCAUCAUUUUCUCAGGAUUCCUGGCAUUUUUGGUGAACAUCUCCAUUUUCCUGGUGAUUGGCAAGACGUCCCCUGUGACGUACAACGUGCUGGGGCACUUCAAGCUGUGUGUCAUUCUCUCUCUCGGGUUUCUGGGGUUUGGCGACCCGAUUAAUGCGCGCAUCUUCCUCGGCAUCAUCAUUACGCUAUUCGGGGUGGUCUGGUACACGCAUCUAAAUAUGCUAGAAGCGGGAAAAAAGGAGGUUGUCAAUCUCCAGGACAAGCACGAGGAGAAGCACUUCAAUGUCGAUGAAAAUGAUGAAAAGGGCGCGUAA